AUGUAGGAUAAUAAAAAAAUCCGAUAAUUUAUUCUUUAAGAAAAAGUAGGUUAUGGAGCCUUCGGAGAUGUUUAUAAGGCAAUUGAUGAAAAUACAAGUAAACACAUGAUUAUUUAUAAUAUUAGAUGAAGUCUUUGCUAUUAAAAGAAUUUUUUCUGGUAAGUCACAAUAGAUUGAUUAAUCAACUAUCAGGUAUAGUCAGAAGUGUUAUUUUUAGGGAAAUAUCUGCCCUUAGUUCUUUAAAGGGACAAAAUCAUAUAGUUCCUUUACAAUAAGUAAUUUUUGAAAAAGGAUGUGUUUAUAUUGUUUUACCAUUUUACCCAUAUAAUCUUUAUGGAUUCAUCAAAAAAUACAAUGAAAUCAAUUAUAAAAAGAUUUUCAAGUAGCUAAUACUUGGAGUCUACAAUAUUCAUAAAUUAGGGUUCAUGCAUAGAGAUUUGAAACCUUUGAAUAUUCUUGUGGAUGAAAACUAAAAUGUUUACAUAAGUGAUUUUGGUAUAGCUAGAAUGAAUUUUGGAUAAUGUAGAAAUUUUAAUUCUAAUUGUGAGAAACAUUCUUAUGAAGUUAUUACAUUGCAUUUUAGACCACCUGAAAAUUUAUUAGGUUGUGAUAAUGUAAAUUGUAUUUUAAUCUUACAAGUAUCAUGUUUCUGUAGAUGUAUGGUCAUUGGGUUGUGUAUUCUAUUAAGUAGUUAUGAAAGAAAUACUUUUUUAUGGUGACUCUUAAAUUGAGAUGCUUUUUAAAAUAUUCUCUAAAUUAGGUACUCCCAGUGCCUUUAUUGCACCUUCUCUUUGUAGUUUACCUUUGUUCAAUGUAAUUAUAUCAAAUUAAUAAGGAGGCUGCAGCAUUUCCUCGAUUUUAUCCAACUAAGUAUUUAUUUUAGUAAGAGUUACUCUCUAAAAUAGGAUACGAAGGAGCUGAUUUAAUUGAUAGGAUGA